GACAUUGAAACAUUUGGCGUCUUUCUAAUGUGAAUUUACAGCGAGAGGAAAACUUUCAUAUUAGAGAGUGUGAAGGAAUUUUCAUAAUUUCAACAUUCAAAUAUCAUGUGUUUUGCGGUACUUCGUUCCUGGUAACAAAUUCUUGAGUUUUCGAUAGGUACAAAUUGAUAUCAGGAACCUGUCAAAAAAUAGUUUCAUCCAAUUCUCUGCUUGAAAAUGUGUGUUUGAAAUAUGAAUUUCAAGAUCUCAAAGUAAUACCUAUUUAUGCCUGAGAGGCUGGAUAUAUCUAUCGGCAACUAAAAACAAGAUGAAUUUCGAAAAGUUUAAAUUGUUAAUGUGGAAGAAUUACCAUUUGCGGCGGCACCACUGGCUCGUAACGUUGAUUGAAUUCGCUUUACCGAUCUUAAUCGCUUACGCUAUGAUGUCAAUGACAAGAGAAUUUACUAAAUCGUUCAACACCGCCCAACAGCCUGAAAACAUCCACAGCCCUAUUUCCUAUUCGAAAAAAACCUCCUCAAUAGGUCUCAAUACCUUGGGUGUUGAAUUGUAUUAUGCUCCUAGUGUUCCUGUAAUUGAUCAGUUUAUGAAGCAGAUGGAAGACGAUGUCCAAUCAAUGAAAGGAUUGGCGAACGAAGCUGAGUUGGAAACUACUAUGCGUGAUAAAUCUAGAUGGGAUGUAUUCGGAAUUUUUUUCCAAGAUAUCACCUCGAAUGAAUCACUACCCGAUGGAUUAAGCUACGUUAUAAGAAAUAAUGAUGAAUGGAAUACAAGGUCAUUUUAUCCUCAGAUAGAAACGUCUUCUGGACAGUACUUUGAUCCAUAUUUUUUCAAUAGAUUCUGCGCUGUUCAAUUGUUAAUAAAUGAUUAUUUCGUUAAAAUGAAAACAAACCAAAGUGAUCCAUUUAAGCAGGUAGAAUUUGAGCGGUUUCCGUAUCCGCCGUAUACGUCAGAUAAUAGUCCAAGAUCUUGGGUGUCUUUAGGAGUUGGUUUUAUUGUCGUUUUUGUCAUACUGAUUACAUCGAUUCCCUUAAUCAGAGAUAUUAUUGAAGAAAAAGACAGCGGUGUUAAGGAAUUGAUGAAAAUAGCCGGACUCGACGAAUGGCUGAUGUGGUUAGGCUGGUUUGUUCACGCCUUGAUAGUCAGUUUAAUUUCUCUGACGAUACUAACCUUCAUAUUAACGUAUCCAUUUGAAGGAUCUGGAUCAGAAGCUCUACACUUUGUGCAAUUUACCGUCUUGUGGUCAAUUUUAAUUCUUUACUGCGUAGCGAAUAUUUCAUUCUGCUUUAUGUUUUCUGCUAUUUUUCAGAAAACCUCCUCAGCUUCGUCAAUAUUUACGCUUUGUUUCUUGGGUCUGCUGACUGGAAUUAAUUGGAUGAUGAACAAUGUUGCCGAUAAUCCAGCAUUAAGAUUGAUAACUUUCACUCCUGUGGGUGCGUUUAUUUUGGCGUUUUCCAGGAUACGUUACUACGAGAUGCAUGGUGUUGAAUUCACCUGGUCAUCUGUCUUUGUAUCUGAAAAUGAUCAGAAUUCGGUUUCGUUGUUGUUUUGCUUGUUCAUGUUGGUGGUUGACACCUGUCUGUAUUGCUUCUUGGCGUAUUAUAUAAACGCCAUUAAUCCUGGAAAAUUUGGAGCACGUAAAUCACCUUUUUUCAUUUUCAAGGGUUUAUUUUCGUAUUUCUCCAAAAACGACAAUCAACCGUUGCAGAAUUUAACUGAUUCUGAUAGCAAGUUUUUCGAACCGCCUCCGCAGAAUGCAGAAUCUACGAUACAAAUCAAAAAUUUGCAUAAAAAUUACGGAAAGGUAUACGCGGUUAGAGGAGUCAAUAUGAAUAUUUAUCAAGGUGAAAUGACUGCUCUGCUGGGACAUAAUGGCGCCGGAAAAACAACUACUAUGUCGAUAAUGACUGGAUUGAGUUCUCCCAGUGCUGGAUCGAUACGUUUUAGAGGCAUGGAUAUAUUCGAGAAUAUGGAUAAAUUCAGACAAAAUUUAGGAAUGUGCCCUCAAGAAAAUCGAACGUUGCCUUAUUUAACGGUUUUACAGCAUUUGUUAUUUUUUGGACGAUUGAAAGGUAUUUCACAAGAGGAUGCACUAGCUGAAGCAAAUGAAUAUUUGACGAUGAUGGAAAUGCAGUCGAAGAAGAAUUGCUUGGCUAGACAAUUAUCAGGUGGAAUGAUGAGAAAAUUGUGUCUAUCUAUCGCUUUGAUGGGAAAAGCUGAAGUUCUGAUAUUAGACGAACCGACGUCUGGGAUGGAUGUGCAAUCGAGGAGAAAAUUAUGGGAUUUAUUGCUGGAUUUACGAGGCCAACGUACAGUUAUAUUUACAACGCAUUAUAUGGAAGAAGCGGACGCUUUGGGAGACCGUAUUGCAAUCAUGAAUCACGGUGUUAUUGUUUGUCAUGGAACCCCAAUAUUUUUGAAAAAAGCUUAUGGUACCGGAUACGAAUUAACGAUCACCAAAGACGGUGGAGAUUCGGCUGCCAUAGAUAAUGUGAUUAAAGCUGCAUUACCAGAUGCGAGUCGAGAACUUGACACACCCACAGAAACCGUAUAUAAAUUACCGUUAACUGAAACCAGUAAAUUUCCGACACUUUUUAAAAAUUUGGAAGCUGAAAAACUGCGAUUGGGUAUUCGAAAUUUGGGAGUGGCUGCUACCACAAUGGAACAUGUAUUUUUAAAAGUUGGAGGCGUUUCUAUUUAUGAUGCGGAAUCAGCCAAUCACAAGACAGUUACUGACUCCAAUUCUGGAACGAGUCAUCUGAGGUAUGUUAAAGGUGCGUCUUUGUAUUUGCAACAAAUUAAGGCCAUAUUUGCGAAGAAGUGUCUUUAUACGUCACGUAAUCUGUACACCAUAUUCAAUCGAAUUAUUCUACCAUCGUUGGUCGGAAUAUUCGUAUUGAGUGGUCGUAGUAAGAUUGGAGAUGAGCUUUCACCGGAACCAGCUUUAGAUUUGUCAAUGGAUUCUUAUCCUAGUUCAAUAGUUGUGCUAAAGAAUAACGUGCCUGAUUCCAGUUUUGCCAAACACCUUCCAGGAUAUGUUGCCGAAGAAGGAGGUUUAUUGGUGGACGCCCAUAUUUCUCCGAUUGAAAAAGAUUUACUGCAAUAUGGAAGCAAUAUUUUGAAAUAUAAUAGAGAUUAUAUAUCAGCUUUUGAAGUGAAUUCAACGGGAAUAAAAGUAUUAAGUAAUCCUCCUUUGAUACAUUCGUUUCCAAUUACCAUCACUACGUAUACGAACGUAUUGCUUCGCAGUAUCACGAAUGACAGUCGCUUCCAAAUUAACACAAUUAAUCAUCCUGUACGACGAUCAAGAGGUGUUGACAGCCAUAAUAGUUGCGGAAUCGAUAACAAAUUGGCCAUUGUCUUCUACCUCACGUGGUUUAUCGCAGUGCCAUUUUACACGGUUGAUUUAACCGCUUACUUCGCAGCAUUUGUCAAUAUGGAACGAAUUGACGGAUUUCAACAUGUUCAAACGAUGUCGCAUGUCUUUCCAUUGGUGUAUUGGUUCGCUACCCUGCUGUUCGAUGUAGUGUUCUUUUUGUUUCUGACGUUACUUCGUGUAGGAAUUUAUAAAAUUAUAGAUAAUUCGUCUUUUCUUAGUCUGGAUACGUCGCUCGGUGUGUUCGCAUUGAUUAUAAUUCUUUACGGAAUAUCCGGAUUACUUUUCAUCUACGUGACCGGUUAUUUAUCCAGUUCCAAAGAAGGAUCGUAUACUUUACUUUUUAUCUUCAACUCGAUAUGCUGUAUAAUAGUAUGGGUGAUUUUCGCAAUAAAUGCCGAAAAAGCAUAUAAAGAAUUUACUUUCUUUUAUAGAAUGUUAUUCUACUUUACGAAAGGUGUAAUUUACAUCGUUCCGACGUUGAAUUUCAUGUUAAUAUUCAUCAAGUUUAUGAUCAUUUUCCAAAUUAAUGCUGAGUGUUCGUAUUGUUCGAAUGCUAUUGCGAAAGAAAACUGUGAAAAGGCGCAGAAAAUUAAAUCGUACUUGGAGUUUGCAUCGGACGAGAACGAAAACGGACUGCUGUUAGAAUUGAUAUUUUUAAUAUUCGAUAUUGUUUUAUACGCCACCCUACUGUCUGUCAUCAAUAUUGGAUACGUUCGUUAUUGGUUCAGAGAUUUGAGGAAUCAUUUGUUUGGAACUUUCUCUACUAACCCUGAUAAUGGCGACGACGACGUGAAAAAGGAAUACGAAGAGGUGCAAAAAUAUAAGGAAGAUAUAUCGGACUACGUUUUAUUGACGAAACGCGAAAGGGACGCGAUAUAUGGCAAAUUAUCGAUGGAAAUGAGCGAAAAAAUUCCUUUACGAGAGAGAAAUAAAGCUUCUUUGCUGGUGGAUGGGUUACGUAAGAAUUAUAUGAGUUGGUUCAAACCUCUUACCGCUGUUUCUGAUGUGAAUUUCAUCGUCCAAGCCGGAGAAUGUUUUGGUCUUUUAGGAGUGAACGGGGCUGGUAAAUCCACAACGUUCAAAAUAUUGACAGCUGAAAUUGUACCCACCUUGGGAGAUGCGUCCAUUGAAAAUAUUAAAUUGAGUGCUAACAAGAUGCAAUAUUUAUCGAUGGCCGGAUAUUGCCCUCAAACCAACUGCUUCAUCGAAGAACUGACCGGAAGAGAAAUGUUGUCCAUGAUUGCCACCAUGAGAGGUGUUUUCCAAAAUGAGAUUAAACUUCUAGUUGAUAAAUGGAUCAAAAUUAUAGGGUUAGAAGAAUUCCAGAACCGAAGAUGUGGCACUUACAGUGGAGGCAAUAAACGAAAAUUAUGUACAGCGAUGUCAUUAAUUGGAGAUCCCAGAGUAGUAUUCUUGGACGAACCUACCAGCGGAGUAGACCCAGUUUCUAGACGUAAUUUGUACGACGUAAUGGCACAAAGUAAAGAAGCCGGACAAGCUGUUAUUUUAACUUCUCAUAGUAUGGAGGAAUGCGAAACAUUGUGUGAUCGAUUAACGAUAAUGGUCUCUGGCGUUAUGAAAUGUAUCGGAACUACUCAACAUUUGAAGAAACAAUACGCCCAAGGAUUUUCAAUUAUGAUAAAAAUCAACGAUAGUUCCGAAUUCGACGAAGAAAAAGCUGCGUUGAAAAACACCAUGUUGGAGACAUUCACAGAGGAAUAUUGUAUUUUGAAAGACGAGCAUAGGGGGUUGCUUUAUUAUCAAAUUAAAGACACAUCUAUACCUUGGUGGUCCUUGUUUGAAAAAAUGGAAACUCUGAAGCAACGCUAUGCUAGGUUGGUUGAAGAUUACGUACUAACCGAUACAACUUUGGAGGAAGUUUUCAUCUCAUUUGCGAAGAAAAACGCGGAUACGAAAUCUAAAAAAUGAUAUUUUUAGCUGUAAAUUUAAAAAGACUGUUUCAAACGAUGGAUGGAAAUAAUUAUGAUGCCGUCUUUAUAGAGCUUUAUUUUUAUUUAUAACGAGCUUCGUGUUUAUGUAAUCGAGCUUUUUAUUUGUACAAAGUGUGUGUUUUUUUCUUUAAAUAAUCUUUUCUGUUUUACCAAUCUACCCAAACUAGUCAGCUAUUCGAUUAUUCCUAUUUUGUAGAUCCUAACUCACAAUAAUUUUAUACUUACUUGCCUAGGCUUAAUGUUUUAUGAUAAUUGAUGACUGAGGUUGAACUGUGAUACUGUGUAUGUACUCGAGGAAUGAGUACGGAAUUGUUCCUGCCAAAGUACCUAUUUAAUCUGCUUCAGGGUGGAAAUUUUAUUGCUGUUUUGGAAAGCAAUAAUAGUUUGUGUUCAAGAUACGUAAAUUUAAAUUAUACCUAAUAGAUUAUAUUUUAUUUAAUCAAACGUUUUUUAUUUAUAAUACAUAGGUACCUACUUACUUAUUUCAAUCACCUGGUUGAUUAAAUAAAUUGUACGUAGGUACCUACUAAAUGAAAGUUCCAACUACAGAAGGGAAUCUGUUUCUUAGCAUUUACUAUGCAUUUUCUUUUUUUCUUUUUUUUAAAAAUUAAGUAAAGCUUCUUAUUCAUU